AUGGCGCCGCCGCCCCUCCUCUGCCCGAGCGGCCGGCGCGACACUCGCAACCUUCGGACCGCCUUCCGGCAGACGGUGAGGUCAGUAACACCUGACCCGCCCGACGCCAUACCGCGCAAGGGGAUGGACGGGCCUGCCAGUACUGUUCCACAGGUGCCCCGCGGUCGUGGUUCUUCAUCACCACAGACUUCGCCGAGGUCCAUUCCCACCGCCUCUGCCAACCUGCCAUCGGCCAGACGCCAGGGCGUCGUGUUCAACGACUCCUUUUCUGCUUCUUUCGACGGCACUUCAUCCAGCCCUCCUCCGCGGCCGGCCUCUUUCCGCCCGAGAACUCACACCAUGGACGGUGCCUUCCGCCAGCAGCUCGCCCCAGCCAGCGAGGCGCGCAACAGGAUAGGCUCCUUCUCGUCCGCCGCCUCUGUCACGGUUUCCGACGACAUGAAACUGCCGUCUUUCCACCAGCCUCCGUUCGAGCCGUACAGGCAAGCCGAUCUGCAACCGCCUCCUGCCACGUCAUUGCCCAAGGACAGGAAGUCGUCCGGUGCCAGGAGUCGUUUAACCAAGCGGCCGUCAUCCCGCCCCAGUUCACCCCUAUCUUCUCUGCCGCCGUCGGUUGAUUCGCUUCCCCUCCCGAUCCCGACCACGGACGCAAACAAGGUCUUGCUCCUCAUGAAAAAUCUGUGUGGGAGAAUGCGCGGUGAAGUCGAGUACCAGAAGGACGUGGACGGGCCGUGGGUGAGCGGCAUGUGCUAUAUCGACGAGGAGAGGGGGCAUCUGAUGUUUGACCCCGGCGACAGCGGUCCCUUUCACACCAUCCUGCUCGCCGACCUUCGGGGGUGUCGGGUGGCCCCGGUCGGACACCAGCACACGGACAUGCAAUGCCUCGAAGUCGCUAGCCCCCAUCUAGGCGUGGCGCUGUUCCUGCGGCCCCUUGUGCAUGAGGAGCUUGAACUCUGGCUGGCGGCUUUGCUCUGUUGGCAGCAGUUGCGACCACCUGGUGCGAGAUCUCAAAAUAUGCGUCCUGUCAAUCCCUACGUCGGCGCGCCGGCAAGGAUAGAGAUGAAGCGUCGCGUAUCGUCGCCAAACAUUCGGGAACCAGCCAUCAUCAAGGUCGGCAAGGUCAUGCUCUGGGACAAGGGCGCAGCUGUCUCACCUCGCGCCAUCGUCAGGCGGCCUUCGACGCGCGACUUACGGUCUUCGCAGACCUGCUGGAGGAGGGUCUCUUGCAUCCUCCACGAUAACGGCGAGCUCAAGGUUAUGACGGAAAACGACGUGACGGUGCUCUCCGUCAUAGAACUGUCCCAACUCGCGAGAUCCGCCAUUCAGCAGCUCGACAGGUCCGUGCUGGAUGAAGACUACUGCCUCGCCAUCUUCCCCUCUUAUGCCUCCACUUCAACCCAGCUGUCCAUCUUCAGGCCAGUCUACAUAGCCUUGGAGACUAGAGUUCUAUUCGAGGUUUGGACUAACAACAUGACAGAAGUUCUGUGCGGUUCUGUCGACAUACCUCUGCAUCAUCUGGACUGCGGAAAGGAUCACGAACAGUGGCUUCAAAUAUGCGAUGACAGGCAGCAAUCCAUUGGCUCCAUGCUUCUCAAAGUCCACCACGAGGAGCUCGUGGUUCUUCUACAGCAAAACUAUCAGCCGCUUUCGGAGCUCUUGCACCGUUUCAGUUCCGGACUUAUUAGUCAGAUUACCGAGGCAUUGCCCGGGAGCCUGCGCCGGCUCGCCGAGAUAUUUGUCAACAUCUUCCAGGUUUCAGGAAGUGCAAACGAAUGGCUCAUGAAUAUGGUUGAGGAAGAGAUUGACGGCAUUGGGAACCAAGCACCGCUGAAAAAACCGAGGUUCAGCGCGCGGCUUAAGUCCAAUGACUCGAUUGAAUCCAACGUUGACCGAGAGCAGAUUGUGCGCGACUUGGGAAAAUCGCUUCAGGGCGAGGCCAAUCUCCUGUUCAGGGGCAACUCUCUACUGACCCAGGCCUUGGAGUAUCACAUGCGCCGUCUGGGCCGCGAGUAUCUGAGCGAGACAUUGGCGGAGAAAAUAUUGGAGAUCAACGAGAGCGACCGCAGUUGCGAAGUGGACCCGAGCAAGUUGCACCACGGCGAGGACCUUCAACAACACUGGAACCAUCUCAUCCACUUUACCACCGACGUAUGGAACUGCAUCGCGUCAUCGGCGACUCGUCUGCCUUCUGAGCUGAGGCACAUCCUCAAGUAUAUCAGGGCUGUAGCCGAAGAUCGCUACGGCGACUUCCUCCGGACCGUCACAUACACAUCUGUCUCGGGCUUCCUCUUCCUCCGCUUCCUUUGUCCGGCCAUUCUAAACCCGAAGCUAUUCGGCCUCCUACACGACCAUCCGCGCCCUCGCGCCCAGCGUACCCUGACCCUCAUCGCUAAAUCCUUGCAGGCCCUCGCCAACCUGUCGAGCAUCGGCAAGAAGGAGACGUGGAUGGAGCCCAUGAACAAGUUCCUCACCACCCAACGCCAGGCCUUUAAAGACUUCCUCGACACCGUGUGUGCCAUCCCAGCAGAGCGGACCGAAGCUCCACUGCCGGCGCCGUACUCCACGCCCAUCACCAUCCUCGGCCGUCUGUCGCCAAUGGCGCGCGAAGGGUUCCCUUCGCUGCCUUACCUGAUCGACCAAGGCCGUAACUUUGCCGCACUCGUCAAGCUCUGGGCAGAGGCACACCCGCACUCGGCCAGCGAGUCCCACGUGUACGAGGGCGAGCUGCUGCGGUUCCACAAACUCUGCAUCGGCCUGUACCAGCGCGCCGCGGGCUGCCUCGCGCGCAUCGAGGCUCUUCGGCAAGCUGAAGUAGCUGUCAGUCAGCAGUCGGGGGCGGAGGAUGACAACACUGCUUCUGUCCUCUCGGAUGCGAUGGAUCGCAUCAGCAUCGGCGGCGACAUGCUUGGCAGCCUGUCGUCCACCUACGGCGGCGGCAACAGCAGCGGCACAACAGCAUAUUGGACUGAGAGCGAGGGGGCCCAUCAUCCUCCCGGAUCCACAUCCCCUCCGUUUGGAACGGUCAGCAUAAUGGGCCGAGACACCACCCGACACGGCAGCUUCAGUAGUCGAGACAUAAUGGGCCUGCCUAGCUCGCUGCGUCAAGUGUCGCGGAACAACGGCAAUGGAGGCGAGCUCCUCUCGGCCAGCCAGGGCAGCAACGUCAACGCGUCGGGCAACAACAACACAGUGCGUAGCACCCUGCGCAGCGGCAUUCACCCGCGCAAGCUCCUCAGCGGCUUCAUCCGCAAGACGCGGACCGCUGGAACGCCUGAACAUGCCGCCGCGGCGGUGCUGACGGGUGGCCUUUCGUUACCCAUGAUGAGUACUGGUGGUGGUAAUAGUAGCAGGGAGAGCUACGAGCGGGACAGGGAUGCGCCGCCGGGCCAGGAGAAUUUCAACGAGAGAGAAAAAGUAAAAGAUAUUCAAGGGUGGGCGGGGAUUAACAAAGAGAGAGACAGGGACAGGGAACGGGAACGGGAACGCAACAAAGGCGGCGGCCUCAGUGCGCUGCCCGAGUCGAGGCAAGCGGUGACAGUUGCGCGGCCGUGA